UCGAGUAUUGGAAGUAAUUUCAUGGAGCAAAACACUAUACAGCUCCCGGAUCAAUGUACUUAUGUAUCGAAUAGUACAAGUCUUAGCGUAUUAGAUCCCAAGUUGACACGACGAAAGGGAGCGCCAAAGAAACUUAGAACAAAAAGCCCAUUGGAGACUGCAUCAAAGAAAGCAAAGGCCAAUUCAAAGUCAAGCACCUGUAAAAGACCAACAACGAGCAACACUAGUAUGGUCGAUGGCAGAUUCAAUGUCCAGUCACAUCAAGCAGAACAGUGUUCCAUGCCUACACCAAUUCCAUACUUGUCGAACUCUAUGCUGCCGUCGUUCUCCAUCUCACAGCAAUUACCAUCUGCAAAUUUCAUCCUUCCAUCGUGUGCAAACAUUGUGUAUAGUUCGCAAGGUCAUUGUAUGCCGUUUCACUAUCCCAAUUUACCGGACGGAGGUGGCAAGGGCUGAUUCAGGGCUCGAGUCAUUUCCUUUUGGGUGUCCAAAUUUGGUGAAUCUUCAGGUCAAGAAAUGUAAGGGAGUCACGAACAAAGUUGCCGAUUGGUUGAGAUCAAAGAGAGCAUCACUCGUUGUAUACUUGGACGCAUCUGUUUGUUUUAUGAAUUGAGUGCCACAUCGUUUUUAGUUCUAGAGAAGAAAGCCUAUUUUUCAUUUCAUUUUGUGGUUGGAGAUCAGUCAUAUUUCUGGCCCUAUUUGUUUUCCUAUUUUUGUGAAUCCAAGAAUUUGAAUAUUGAGACAAUACUUCAUUUGGUAUGGAAAAUAAUUAUUCUUCUACUGCAAAGCUGUCAUGGAUAUGAACUCAAUUUUUGUUUCU